AUGUCGAACAUUUUCGAAGAUAUGGAUUAUGACUCGGCAACUGGGUUUGGUUCAGCAAGUGUGCCACCUUUAGGAUACGAGAAACAGAAACAUAACCAAAAGCAAAAUCUAUCGGCUACUCCUUCAGCUGGAAACGAUACUGGUAGCAAUAGCAAUGACCAACCGCGAAAAAGGGUCCAGAUGAAGCUAAGAUUGGAUGAUCACAGAGUUGACGUAUUCCAAGUGAGCCCCACUGUUAGGAUGAAAAAGGUUAUGGAUUCAUUCUGUAAUAAAUACCACUUGGAUGUCGAGAGCUAUAGGUUUUUGCUUGAUGGAACCCACGUUGAUCCCGACGAUACCCCAUUCUCGUUGGAGAUUGAAAAUGGGGAUGUUAUCGAUGUAGCUCAGACCCAAACUGGUGGAUCCCACCCGGCAGGUAUCUAG